AUGGUAAACUGUUUAUAUUGUUGUGAAAUUGAACCGGACCUAGAUCCCGAUGGUACACCAAGCGAAUAUUGUAGUGAUGAAUGUCGUCGUAAAGCAUUGAAAACCGGGUUUCUAACUCCAUGUUUGCAAUGUAAAGAAUUUCCUUGUGCCAAAUAUAGUCAGUUUUGUGGAUGGUCUACAUGCAGAAAUAUUCCAACAUGUAUCAGGUGUAAGAACAACCAAGUGAGAGAUAUGGGUUCUUUAUGGUGUUCUAAAAAGUGUAGAGAUGAUACACCAAAUUGGAAAAUGAUGAUUAAGAGCGACGAAUUUUGUUUAGAAUGUCGACAAGAAUAUCCACUUUACGGUAAAGACUUUUGUAAAAGAGAAUGUGAAGAGCAUGCUCAAAACAAUGGACAAAAGUUUAAAGACAUUUCUAAUCAAUUUACAUCCUCAUGGAAACAUAAGAAUAAACCAAUUCCUAGCGUAUAUGCAGUUUACAAGAUAUUUCCAAAUCAAGAUCUUGUAUUCAAAUACAAUGAUUAUCAAGAUUAUGUUGAAAAAAGACGCGGUUUCGGAUACAAAGGAAGACCAUUCCCAAAAGGCGAUGAAAGUCGAAAAAUGACGCGAGGAAAUGAGCAAAGAAGGUUUCACGGAACUAGGAUGAAAUGUUUUUUAGGGAUAGAAACUGAAGCGUUAUGUUCAAAUUCAGAAUGCUCAAUAUGUGGCAUUAUUAAAAAUGGAUUUAAGCUUUCAUACGAAGGACCAAAAAGUUUUCCUUGGCAAAAAUUUGGACCAGGAAUAUAUUUUUCUGGCACCUCAUCAAAAUCAGACUAUUUUAGUAAAGAUACCAAAGUAUGCAAUUCUAGAAAAUACAAAGCCAUGCUUCUUAAUAAGGUAGUGGCAGGAAGGGUAUUGGAAUUGCUGGAAGAAAAUAAAAAUAUGGAAGGAUCACCGUCUAAUUAUGAUAGCGUUGUUGGAGAACCUGGUGAAAAGUUGAAUUAUGAUGAAUUAGUAGUCUAUAAAGAAUGCGCUUGCUUACCUCGAUAUUUGAUCAUUUACGAAAAAUCAGGAAAAGCUGACAAUAAUAUAUAA